ACCAUGAUUUCUGUCAGUGGAAACUACACAUGGCUGAAAGAAAGUUCCUCAUUGUGCACAGAUGCAACCUGUGUUUUAUAUGCAGUGAUGAAUACAGUCAUCUUCACCCUGGGUGUUGCUGGAAAUGGCGUGGUGAUCUGGAUCGCUGGGUUUAAGAUGAAGAAGUCAGUCGUCACCACCUGGUACCUGAGUCUGGCUGUGUCUGACUUCAUAUACUGCUGCAUCCUGCCAUUCGGUGUCGUCCAUAAAGUCAAAAUGGCCUGGAUCUUUGGGUCCUUCAUGUGCAAGGUCAGGUACUUCAUCAAGUCCCUCAACAUGUACAGCAGCAUCUUCAUCUUUGCCACCAUCAGCAUGGAUCGUUGUGUUGUGAGUACGUUUCCUGUGUGGGCUCAGAACAAACGCACCACCAGAAAGGCCUCUCUAAUAGUCCUGCUCGUUUGGGUCAUCUCAGCACUGCUCAGCACGCCCUCGGCCCUUUUCAGAGACAAGAAGAACAACCUCUGUUCCAGUGACUACAAGAGUGUCGAGGACCAUAUAGCUUCAGUAGUGUGCAGAGUAAUUUUUGGAUUUGUGAUCCCACUUGUCGUUAUUAUCACCAGCUAUGUCAUUAUCAUGCAAAAGCUGAAGUCCAAACAGAUGGCGAAUUCCAAGAAGCCCUUCAAGAUCAUGACAGCACUGAUCGUUACUUUCCUAAUCUGCUGGCUGCCUUUUCACAUCUUUUCAAUUCUGAGUUUAAAUUAUAAAAAAACAGUUUGGCUCAAAACAGGAAAAGAAGUUGGUGUCAUUGUGGCCAAUGCCAACAGCUGCCUGAACCCAUUUCUUUAUGCAUUUAUGGGUAAGGACUUUAAGAAGCAGUGUUACGCAGUUCUGUCAAAGAUUGAGAAUACAAUUGGGGAGGAGAGCCCAUACAGAGUACAGGGGACAGCUGUUACCAUCUCUGAGAAAAGCUACCCUUCAACUACAGUUUGAAGAGUUCGGUUACAGUGCCUGUGGGUUUAUUCAUUAUUUUAAAAUGUUCUGCAUUGUAGAUUAAUACUGAACUUGUCAGGAGUUAAUUACCUGAAUUUCUUGUCUUUUGUGUUUGAGAGCAUCAGUUGUAAAGUUGUGAAGAGGUAGAGUUGAUAUACAGUGAAUAAUAGCUCUAUUUGAGUAUGAUGAUGUUCUAAUCCAGAUUAUGAGAAGUAAGAACUACUCAACUUAAUAAAGAAAACAUACUUCAGGUCAGUCAAUACAAAAUAUUUCAAGAACUCUGAAAGUGUCCUCAAGUACAGUCGCAAAUACCAUUAUACCGUUAUGAUGAAACUGGCUCUCAUCAGGACCUCCACAGGAUCUCCCUCUGUUGCACAGGAGAAGUUCAUCAGUUACCAGCCUCAGAAACCACAAGUUAACAGCUCCACAGAUAAUUUCUGUGACUGAAUUGAACAUAUAAAUACCUGAGAGUAAAACCUGCGGGAAAACAAAUCUGUAAUGAGAAUUAAUAAAAUGUU